AUGCAUUCAAAAACACCGUUCAGAGGGUUUGGAGGACCCGUCGGCGUGGAAGAGAUUCCUUGGGUGCCUCCGGCGGGCCGCGUAGCCAUCAGAGCGGGCGAGGAAAUGGGACUGAAGAAAAUCGACUACAACACGGACACGAACAUUGGCAGUUCAUUAUACCAAAUAACAACCAAAAACAGGGAACGAAUUUCAUCAGCCGACGCUUUCUUGUUGCCGGGUCUUCAACGAAGAAACCUUAAACUGCAAAUCAACUCUCAAGUGAUACAGAUUAUCCUGAAUGCCGACAAUCGAGCCAUUGGAGUGAAAUAUAUUCACAACAAUGAGGUGAAGCGGGCGUUCGCUCAACGGGAAGUGAUAAUAUCGGGCGGCGCAGUUGAUACUCCCAAGCUGCUGAUGCUGUCGGGGAUCGGACCCCGUGAACAUCUGGAAAAACUCGGGAUUAAAAAUCGAGUCGACCUUCCGGGGGUUGGACAGAACCUACAAGAUCACGUAGCAGUUCUGGGAAUAAGUUGGACCAUCAACCACAACAUCUCGACUCCUAUUUUUACGAGGAUUGGUAAAAGAGCCAUGCUGGACUAUAGAGAAAUGAGAUCAGGUCCGUUGACAGCUCCGCUCGGAGUGUGUGCGCUGUAUCACCUGAACAUCGACAGCCCUCACGAGCCCCAUGUUCCUGACACGCACAUAGCCAUGGGAUGCAUGCUGGAGGGUCAAUUAUACGGCCUGGCCAGCUUUCAACCACUUAAGCAAUCGGUUCAAGAUUACACUCGACCAAUCUACGGAAGAGAUGGCUACUACAUGAUCCCGGCGCUCGCCAGACCCAAGAGUGUUGGAUCGAUCACGCUUAGGUCGAAAAAUCCUCUCGAUCCACCAAUCGUAGACCCCAACUGCCUCAGCCAUCCUGAUGACGUCGAGCUCAUGAUCAAAGCUUCUAAGGCCUCGCGCAGGCUGGGGAAUGCCAAGAUAUUCCGAAGUGUACUCGGUGCUGAAGCUUUCAGUGAGCCGGUUCCUGACUGUGCGCAUUUCGAGUUCGAGUCUGACGCAUACUGGCGGUGCUACGUGCACGGCUGGAGCACCGUUUCAGCGCACAUGACAAGCACCUGCAAGAUGGCUCCCGACUCCGACCCCAUGGGCGUUGUUACGCCUAGACUAAAGGUGCGAGGUGUCAAGAAUUUACGAGUCAUCGACGCUUCCGUUAUGCCUUCCGUUACUUCAGGCAAUACAAACGCCCCCACGGUCAUGAUAGCGGAGAGAGGAGCUGACCUCAUCAAAGAAGACUACGGCAAAAUAUAGUAGACAGCCAUGCUUGAUAGGGAGCAAGAUUUGAAAUUAUAUAACCUAAAUCGAAUAAUAUGAUUGAGGUACUCGGCUUCCGUGGAUCAACUAAAAAGGGAUUUAUCAACUUUGAUCUAUUCAUAACUUGACCAUGAAUCACAAUAUUUACAUUAAUUAAUAUUAGGUUAAUAUAGCGGACGUGUGUCAUAAUUUAAGAUAAAUUCCUCAAUGUAAUUUCAUGGAACAAUAAAGGUAUUUUACAAAUAAAUGUUCUCUACUAAUUUAUUUUAGACC